AAGGCUUCUUUUCAUCGUCUUAUUCCUAAAAAUCGGUGCCUUGUUUCAGUAGAAGGGAUCUAAAUAGAUUUAUUGAUGAGAAGAGUGAAAGCAGAGGAGAAAAAAUUUAGCGGACUUACAAGAUACUAAAAGAGCACAAGAAUCCCAAGGUUCUUAGCGAGGGGCUACUGUGGAUGGUUUCAGCAGUGGAAGAUUUUGGCAUCUCACAUUUGAAACUUAAGGAUUUAAUUGAUUUUUGUAAAGAUACUGGACUGCAGUCAAGUGCAGCUGCUACUAGAAUUUUUUCUGUCAAGCUUUUGGGUGUUUUGCAUAAAUUUGUCGGCCCAGAUAUUAAAGGGUUUCUUUCUGAUGUUAAACCUGCACUUCUUAGUGCACUGGAUAUGGAGUAUGAGAAGAAUCCAUUUGAGGAUAAAUCAUCAGAUGUUCGUAAAGCAGCAGAGACAUGCAUUGCUGAAAUCUUGAUAGUUUGUAUACAAGAAACUGUUGAGAAGCUUGUAAGGCUGUUGGGUACUUGGGUCUCUUGCUUGUAUUUUGUUUUGGUGAUUUAUACCAAUAAUAAUUAUUUUUUUCCAGAAUCUUUUGAAUCUGCCAAAACAAUUUCGGCCCCUGCAUCCAAGACCCUUUCGAAAGUGGGUAAAUCCACUUCUAAUGGUGUUUUGAAGCAUGGAAGCAAAGUAGCAUCUUCUAGAACUGUUGGUACGGAGGCUUUGAGGUCAGAAUCAAUUAUGUCCAUUCAAGAUAUAGCAGUUCAAUCGCAGGCUUUACUAAAUGUUAAAGAUUCCAAUAAGGAGGAUAGGGAAAGAUUGGUAGUAAGGAGGUUUAAGUUUGAAGAUCCACGGAUAGAACAAAUUCAAGACCUUGAGAAUGAUUUGAUGAAGUACUUCAGAGAGGAUUUGCAUAGACGGCUUCUAAGCACAGAUUUUAAGAAGCAAAUUGAUGGGCUUGAGAUGCUGCAAAAGGUUUUUGAGUGCAUCACUGGUUCAUUUCUUUUGUAUAUUAGUGCACAUUUUUUACAGUAUGAUCUCUAGUCUACUCAGUUCUGAAAUCAAAUGAACUCCUUCAAACUAAUAU